ACCUAGUCUUCUAAUGGCGGCGAGAAGAGGCAAAUGGAAAGCCUUAAUUCACGACAACAACAUCUAGACCCAGGAAGACAAAGCUCCUUUCAAAGUCUCGCCUUAAACAAUGUGAGAAGCGCUUCGAGAGCGAGUGCUAGCUUCAGCGUAACUUCGCCGUUUGGGAACUAUCCGGAACCAACCAGCGUAAAUUAUCGAGCAACAAUGGUUUCGACAACUUCCACCCCGACUCCGUCAACACAAAUGUCACCGUUUUAUCUGUUACGGGAAGAUACUCUGACUCCUUCAGAAGCAAAUAGCAACCUUUUGGUAAAACAUGGCUUUGACCAGACGUAUCAGAAGAGCAAAAAAGUCAAAGAAGGAUUGAGUUCGUUUUUACCGCAUUUGCCUGGUGUUCUUGAUGAACUAGGAGGACCAGAAAAUAGUCUUCGUUCAGUGGUAGACAAGCCUCCCAUUGGUGGAAAGGAGCUCCUUCCUUUAACUGGGCAUUCCUUGUCUGGAUUUCGCUUAAAUCCUGGUCCGAUUCCAGAACAGUUUCGUUUCAUGAGUCAGCAUCCAGUGAAGAAAAAACACAAACAUAAGAAGCACAAAAGCCAAGAUAAUGAGCGAAAUAAGGAAGGAGGUGAAGCAGUCAGUCAGUCAGGUCAAGAGCAAGAAAAGCUAGCAUCUUCCUCUACCGAUAAACCUGAGGGUGCACAUGACUCCAAAAAACACAAGAAACAGAAAAAGCAUGAUGAUGGUGAACGGAAAAAGAAAAAGAAGGAAAAGAAAAAGAAAAAGAGGCACACACCUGAUGCUACUCCUCCUGGGGGAGGACUGGACCCAAGUUGAAGACUGAAAUGUAGAGACUAUUUCUAUAGAAAAUAAUGACAAAAAUAAUGACUAUUUUAAAAAUAUUUACAAGUACGCCUAACUUAAGUUAUGCCACCUUUAGGAUAAAGAAAGACGUAUAUUUAGAAAUACUAGGUUGUUUUUCAGCAACAUUGUACAAAGUUGGUCAUUGAUAACUGGCUCCAAACAGGAGCUGAAUUUAGGGAGUUGUCUGUAAGAAAACAGGAAGAAAUCUUGUUUCAUGUCUGUUCUUGUCAUUUCAUAUACUCGGUAACAACAUUGUCAGUGUGCAGGUUACUUUAACCCUUUCACUCCCAAAAUCUCAUUAGUUAUGCUCCUUUUUGGGCAUACAAUUAUAAUGUUUGCCUAGAGAAUUUGGUGUUGGAUCAACUACUGGUCCUCUGAUGGAUAUUUUUUCUUUAUUCUCAUCAGUUGUCUGUAUAGUAUUGUUUUGCUAUUGUAAGGGAAAUUUUCUCCCCGUCAUUCAUUGGAGUUAGAGGGUUAAGUGAUAGGCAAUGGUUGUAAGUUAUGUCUUGUCUCCCACCAUUAGAAAGCCAUCAUUUCAUCUGAGUUGUGGUAGGUUAGGAUCUUAAAAACAAUGUGUAUAGAAAUAGUUUUGGAGAUGAGACCUACCUUAAUCCAGUUUUAAGAGGUAGUGCAAGCUAAAAGAAUCUCCCUCCACACACUCUAAUAUGAUUUGUAAGUAUUUGCACUAUGAUGGUGCUUUGUAAUGGAAUACUUUAAGAAGCAUAAACAAGCAGCUUCUCUGCCAAAAAAACCCAUCAACUGUCAGUUCUUGACUUGGAAUAUUACUCAUCUCUUAUCAAUCAUGUCAUACUUUUACAUCAGAAAUAAAUUUUGG